AAGACGGAGGAGAUAUUCCACGUCAGCAUCCCCAAAGGAAGGUGCUAAAACCCUCACCAUAUAGUAUGUCUCUGUAAACCCUCUUCUUCAACCCUCUUCUUCAGCUUGAAGCAGUGCAUAAUAGGCAUUCUAGUAUCAACUGCGAACACAAGCUGCUGUGGGCUUUUUUGAUGUCUCAGAAAGCCGAGCAAAUGAAAUUGUUAUAGCCAAUGGCCAUGAUUCAACUGCAGAAGAGCUUCUCAUUGGUCGUCUCUUCCACAGCCACAACCACAGUCUCUGCUUCUUCUUCUUCUUCUUCUUCUUUCUUCUUAUUAUCAAGCCCUUUCAAAUCAUCUCUCCAACCCCGUCCCUUCAUGGCUAAGCUGCAGGGUAGAGCACUUAAUAACUACCCAGGAACUUGCUUAUCAUGCUCAACAUUUGGGACUGGCAACAAACAUAGAACAUGUUCCUUGCUUAAGUAUAGAAAGGUCAGAUCAUGUUCCAUGAUCAUGACCAACGAUGCAAAGUUUGGAAAAGGUUUUUAUCCUAUUCAAAGCUAUGGUGAUGGAUUUAAACAUUCCUUUACCAGUCAGACACAGUUGAAACCCGGAUUCUUCAAUUAUAUGGAACCUCUGAAUAUUUUUGGCUAUAAAUCUUUUGACAAAAGUAUCAGAUUAAGUUUACCUACUUACAGAGCUUUCACCAAAAGAUUUUUUUCUCAAGUAUCAAGUGCAGUAAAUAAACUUGACGAUACUGGUAUCCGAGAUGGCAAAAGUGGUCAUAAUAUGUUCGCGUUGCAAGGGUAUAAACGUCGGAAGCAAGCAAAGGUAUUGGCUGCUCAGCGUGAAAGUAGAAGCACUAAUUCUAGUAUUUCCGAAGAUAGUGAUGUAGAUGCUUCAAGCAAACAGUUAAUUGUAGGUGGGGGCAAGGAAACCAAUAAUAACAAGUCUUCUAAUUCUAAAGUCAAUGUAAAAAAGAAGCAAAGAAGCAAGAAACAUAGGGAACAAAAUCCUGCUGCUGCUUCUCCAGAAGAAUCUAAUGCGCUGCAAGGUUCAACUAAAGGUACUUCUCAAGCAAAGAAAUCUGGUAUCAAGAAAAAUGCCCAGAACCCCAUACAGGCUUCAGAGUUGAAUUUUAAUGGGACUACACCAGUGGAAAUGGCUGAUGCUUCCUCAAAGAAACCCCUGCCUAGUAAGAAAGGUGGAAAGUCUAAUAGAAAGGGAAAAUCUUUAAAAUCAUCUAGUGAGUUACCACAGAAACAUAAAGCACAAGAGAUAGGCAAUGUAAAGCCUCGGGGACAAAUGACUCUGAAGCAGCUGUAUCCCCCCACUGGGAAAUCAGUUGUGGUGGUGGAGUCAGUUACAAAGGCUAAAGUUAUUCAGGGAUAUCUUGGUGAUAUGUUUGAAGUUUUACCUAGUUAUGGUCAUGUAAGAGACUUGGCUGCUAGGUCAGGGUCUGUGCGGCCUGAUGAUGACUUCAGUAUGGUUUGGGAAGUACCAUCUGCUGCCUGGACUCAUCUUAAGAGCAUAAAGGGGGCAAUUAAUGGAGCAGAAAAUCUAAUUCUUGCAUCAGAUCCUGAUCGUGAAGGAGAGGCCAUUGCUUGGCACAUCAUUGAGAUGUUGCAACAACAGGAUGCUUUACGUGAAGGUCUUAAUGUGGCAAGGGUUGUCUUUCAUGAGAUAACUGAGGCAGCCAUUAAAAGCUCUCUGCUAGCUCCAAGAGAAAUUGAUGUAAACCUGGUUCAUGCUUACCUUGCAAGGCGAGCACUUGAUUAUUUGAUUGGCUUUAACGUUUCACCAUUACUUUGGAGGAAACUACCAGGUUGCCAAUCUGCUGGCCGAGUUCAGUCUGCAGCAUUGGCUCUUAUAUGUGACAGAGAAAUGGAAAUUGAUGAAUUUAAACCCCAAGAGUAUUGGAGUAUUGAGACUGAGUUGAAUAAAAAGGAAUCAGGCUCACGAGUAAAUGGCAUUUCCUUCUCUGCACGCUUAACCACUUUUAAUUCCGAAAGGUUGAGCCAGUUUUCCAUCAGCUCACAUACAGAGGCAAAACAUAUUGAGCAGCAGAUUAGUUCAGAAGAUUUUCAAGUGAUUAGGUCUAAGAUAAACAAAAUACGGAAGAACCCCCCAUCCCCAUUCAUAACAUCGACACUUCAGCAAGAUGCUGCUAACAAAUUACAUUUCUCCUCAGCUUAUACAAUGAAGCUGGCACAGAAACUUUAUGAGGGAGUUCAAUUAUCUGAUGGUACAGCAGCAGGUUUGAUAACAUACAUGAGAACAGAUGGGCUACAUAUUUCCGAUGAAGCUGUUAGGGGCAUAAGAUCAUUGGUAAUUGAAAGGUAUGGGCAGGAUUUUGUAUCAGGGAGUGCACGGAAAUAUUUUAAGAAGGUCAAAAAUGCUCAAGAGGCCCAUGAAGCAAUUAGACCUACGGACAUUUCAAGACUUCCAUCCAUGCUCAAUGGAAUACUUGAUGAAGAUUCCUUGAAGUUGUACACUUUAAUUUGGUCUCGGACUGUGGCAUGUCAAAUGGAACCUGCUAUCAUUGAGCAGAUACAAGUUGAUAUUGGAAAUGCUGUUGAAUCCAUUGUUUUUCGAUCGGCAAGUUCAAGAGUUUCAUUCCGUGGAUAUCAAGCCGUUUUUGAGGAUGUAGAAGCUGAAGCAAUCAAAUAUGAAGAAAAUGAAGGGAAUGAUCGUGAUGAAGUGUUUGGAACACUCAAUUUGUUGAAGUCUGGUGAUCCAUUGUUCAUUCAUGAAGUACAAUCGAAUCAACACCAUACCCAGGCUCCUCCACGCUACUCUGAAGGAUCAUUGAUUAAGAAAUUGGAGGAACUUGGGAUAGGAAGACCUUCAACAUAUGCAGCUACAAUUAAAGUUUUGCAGAAUAGGAGCUAUGUGACUGUGAAAAGCCGUGUAUUAUAUCCAGAAUUUCGUGGUCGUAUGGUGUCAGCUUUUCUCUGCCACCAUUUUUCUGAGGUCACAGACUAUAGUUUCACCGCUGAUAUGGAGACUGAGCUUGAUAAUGUAUCUGCUGGUCUAACGGAAUGGAAAGGCCUCCUAAGAGAUUAUUGGACCCGAUUCAGCUCUUAUUGUGACCGUGCCAAUAAUGUUCAUAUCCAUCAGGUUGAGAAGAUGUUAGAGAAAAAAUUUGGGGAUUUCUUGUUUGCAUCUCUCCCAGACAAAAGCAGGGCAUGUCCAAGUUGUAUGGAAGGAACUUUGAUUUUCAAAGUCAGUCGGUUUGGUGCUGGCUAUUUUAUUGGUUGUGAUCAACACCCAAGGUGCAAGUACAUCGCCAAGACAUUAUAUGGUGAAGAAGAAGAGGAAGAAGAAGUUACCCCUCAGAACAAUAGUGUGGAGGAGCCAAAACUGUUAGGUCUUAAUCCAGGUUCUAGUGAAAAGAUUCUUUUGAAAAACGGUCCUUAUGGAUUCUAUGUACAGCUUGGUGAGGACAGGAAGGGGUACUUACCUAAAAGGGCCUCUGUGUCUCAUAUAAAGGAUGUGGGUUCUAUUACCCUCGAAGAUGCCCUCGAGGUGUUGCGGUACCCUGUGACACUGGGGAAUCAUCCAAAUGAUGGUGAACCAGUGAUCUUAAAGUUGGCCAGGGUUGGAUUUGCCGUUCGACAUCGACGCACUAUUGCAUCUGUUCCGAAGAAUGUGAAACCAAACGAUGUCACCCUCGAGAAAGCAUUGGAGCUUUUAUCAGGUAAAGAUGUAAGACGGUGUGGUCGACCUAAGAGUAAGCCAAAGGUUGAAGAAGCCAUUGAAGCCAUUGAAGCCACUGGUUAGUUACAGAGGGUUGCAAGCUUUUUCUAAUGGUACUUGUUAGGCCGGUUGCUUUACAAACCAAAUUUUUGGCUUUAGCUCAGCAGGAUAAUUUUUUGUUGGCUUGGUGGUUCUUUUGCCCUUUCACAAGCUAAAUCAUGAAUUGACCACAGGAAGUAACUGGGCAUCCAUAGCCUGCUUUGUGAUUCUUUUUCAUAGGACAAAGACUUGAUUAUUUUCUGUUGUAAUUUUAUAUAGCUUUUUUACAGGUUCAAUUUUCAAUUUUCAAUUUAUUAGUAUUAUUAUUAUUAUUUUUUUUUUAACUUUUUACAGGUGAGAAAAGGCUACUUAGGGAUCAAAAUUUGAUGAGAAUGUAAUCAUAAACAUUUAUUUUUGUUGGUAUAGAUGUUAUAACCUUAAAGAUCAUAAGAUCUUCAUUUUUGUAAACUGUGAAAGUUUAAUACAAUUGUUCUCAUUAUUUAUUUAUUUAUAUUGUGAUAAUAUUGACAAUAAUACGUUUAAAUGCCCAAUUUUUAUAUAACUCUUGAGAAAUUGUUUAGAGGUUUUCUAAUUAUUUAUUCCUUAUAAAAGUAAUAAUAAAUUGGAAAAAAAAGAAAAUAAAUAAAAAUUUGUAGGGCUGGUGGGCCGCCAUUGUUAUUAAUCUGGGCUAGUGGGCCGCCAUUGUAGUUCUUAUAGAACAUGAAUUUGUAGUCCCUUACUGUUUAUGAUUCUAGUGGAAAUAAUUCUUAAAUCUAUCGUUCAUGUUUCAUAUGAAUAAAUUUUUAAGCAAAAAAAAAUUUAUAGUCAAACAAAAAAAGGGAAAUAAUACAAAUUAAGGUCAAUAAAAUUUAGGGAUAUAAUUUAGAACUUUAUUAUUUUAUCCGACAGGAAAAAUAGUUUUUUCUUUUGUUUUUUUAGAAAGAAGAAGUGUAAAAAAAAAAAAAAAAAAGCAAUAGCAAUAAUAAUUUUUGUGUGGAAGUGAAGGACAAUCUACCCGAACCCGAUUGGGACUGGUUCUUUCAGUCGGAGAAAGUUUCAUCAUCGUCACCGAACGAAGCUGUAUUUCCAUCCCUAU